CUUCCUCAAAAGAUGGCAUCCUUCCAAAUGGCAAAAGACACCACUCCUCUAUCCCUCUCUCCAAACUUCAUUCUCUCAGAGAAUCACAGGCCACACCUCUCAAAUGUUUCAGCUCUGGAAUCAAUCCCCACCAUUGAUUUGAACGACCAAGGCAGCAGCAAUAACUGCGAUGGACCAUCCCCAUUGGUUCAGAAGAUCUCACGAGCUUGUGCGGAGUAUGGAUUUUUCCAGAUCAUCAACCAUGGAGUACCCGAGGAAAUGAUGACUGCCAUGGUCCAGAGGUUCAGAAGAUCUCACGAGCUUGUGAGGAGUAUGGAUUUUUCCAGAUCAUCAACCAUGGAGUACCUGAGGAAAUGAUAACUGCCAUGGUCCAGUUCUUCAAAUUGCCUCCUGAAGAAAGGGCAAAAUACUUCACCACAGAUCACUCCAAGCAAGUAAAGCUUUUCAAUUACUACCUCAAAGUUGAAGAGCAAGAGCAAAAUGUCACUAUGUGGAGUGAAACCUUCCCAAGCAAGAGCAAAAGUGAGGUUUUUGCUGAAUAUGCAAAGGAGAUUGGCAGAUUGAUGAAAAUGCUCUUGGGAUUGCUAUCCCAGGGACUUGGACUAGAAAAGGACUGCUUACAAAAGAAGCUGGGUGAUAAUCCUACUCUGAUAGCACGGGGAAACUACUAUCCACCAUGUCCAGACCCUGAGGUCACGCUUGGACUAGCUAUCCGUACUGAUCUCAAUGCACUCACAGUACUCAGGCAGACAGAGGGAGUAACUGGCCUUCAAGUGAUCAAAGAUGGGAAAUGGGUUGCUGUCGAUUCUCUCCCCAGUGCCUUUGUUAUCAAUCUUGGUGACCAAAUUCAGGUUUUGAGUAAUGGAAGGUAUAAGAAAGUGCACGACAGGGCAGUGACCCAACAGGGACACUGUGAUUGGUGCAAUUGAGGAUUCGAUUGAUGAGCAACACCCUACAUUGUAUCGGAGCUACAAGUAUGCAGAGUUUUAAGAGUUCUACAGGCAAGAAGGAACAAGAAAGUUUGUCAAGGAAGAUUUUGAGUUGCGGAAUUGAAAAAUUACCUUGACUUAUAUGAUUGGCUAUGUUGUAUUCCAAACAUUAUUGUCAUCAUCUAAAAAUUUUCUCAGUGUUGUUAUUUAUUUUUUUUAAAUCGCCACGACAGCCUACCUUUCAGGUUAGGAAAGAUUCACAAAGGUAUUUUAGCCUCUUCAUGACUA